ACGGGCCGUCGCGGACGGGACAGCGCUGCGAGGUAGUUCGUGCUCUCCGGGGCGCCGUCGGCGUCAGGUGACCGGGCCGGGCGGGUCACGUGACUUCCAGGGGCGCCCGGCCGAGCCAUGGCGGCGCCCAGGCCGCUGUCCCGCUUCUGGGAGUGGGGUAAGAACAUCGUGUGCGUGGGCAGGAACUACGCGGACCACGCCAAGGAGAUGCAGAGCGCCGUGCCGAGCGAGCCGCUGCUCUUCCUCAAGCCGUCCACCGCCUACGUGCCCGACGGCUCCGCCAUCCUCAUGCCGCCCUACAGCCGCAACCUGCACCAUGAGCUCGAGCUGGGCGUCGUGAUGGGCAGGCGCAGCCGCGCCGUCCCCGAGGCCGCGGCCAUGGACUACGUGGCCGGCUAUGCCCUGUGUCUGGACAUGACCGCCAGAGACGUGCAGGACGAGUGCAAGAAGAAGGGCUUGCCCUGGACGCUGGCCAAGAGCUUCACGGCCUCCUGCCCGGUCAGCGCGUUCGUGCCCAAGGAGAGGAUCCCGGACCCUCACAACCUGAAGCUCUGGCUCAGGGUCAACGGCGAACUCAGGCAGGAGGGUGAGACAGCCUCCAUGAUCUUUUCCAUCCCCUACAUCAUCAGCUACGUUUCUAAGAUAAUGACCUUGGAAGAAGGAGAUAUUAUCUUGACCGGGACGCCGAAGGGAGUCGGACCCGUGAAGGAAAACGAUGAGAUCCAGGCUGGCAUACACGGGGUGGUUAGUAUGAGAUUUAAGGUGGAAAAGCCAGAGUACUGAGUCUGUGCAAAGCGCCCUGACUUACUAAGUUUCAGGAGAGAAGAGAGCUGGACAGAAGCAAGCAAAGGUUAUUAAAUGGGACAAUCCUUUAAGAAGAAACUAAUUCUUAAAUAUGAUUUAAUUGGAUUGUUAUGACUUAAGGAAAAUGGACCCUUAAAGGAAAAUGUGAUCUAGAAAAGCUGGGCCAGAAAUGGAAAGAAGAUUGAGUGUAUUUUAAGAAACGACCAAAUUAAGUUUUUGUAAUGCUUCCAAAGCAGAGAAUUUAUCAAACCUAAUGUUAAGAAGACUUUCCUUUCC